AUGCUGGUGACUCUCUGUGCUCUCAUCACUGCUCUAACAUGUGUGAGUGGUGUGACGGUGCUGACACAGAAACCUCCUGUUUUAUCAGUAAGGAAAGGAGAGACAGCCACCAUGGACUGUAACCUGGGGACUGUUACUAAUGCUGUUGCUGUCUGGCAUAAACAGAUUCCAGGAGGAAGUCCUCAGCAUGUGCUGCAUUUUCAUUAUAGCUCUGGUUCUCCAACCUAUGGCUCUGGGUUCUCCUCUCCAAAAUUCACAUCCACUCAUCAGUCAAUAACAGAUUAUCGUUUGAUCAUCAACAAUGUGGAGGAGGGAGACUCUGCAGUCUAUUACUGUCAGACAUGGGACGGCUCUGCUAACAAGUGGCUUUGGGGACAAAAUGUCCUUCAUGUAUUUUCAGGCUCCAGCCUCCCUCCUCCUGUCCUGACAUUCUUCCCUCCAUCCAGUGCUGAGCUCCAGUCCAACACAGCUUCUCUGGUCUGUCUGUCCAAUGUGAGUGGUGUGACAGUGCUCACACAGAAACCUCCUGUUUUAUCAGUGAGGAAAGGAGAGACAGCCACCAUGGACUGUAACCUGGGGACUGUUACUAACAGUGUCUAUUGGUAUAAACAGAUUCCAGGAGGAGUUCCUCAGUUUGUGGUGUAUUUUCAUUAUAGUGAAGGUGGUCCAAGCUAUAGCUCUGGGUUCUCCUCUCCAAAAUUCACAUCCACUCAUCAGUCAACAUCAGAUUAUCGUUUGAUCAUCAGCAAUGUGGAGGAGGGAGACUCUGCAGUUUAUUACUGUGAGACAUGA